GUUUGAAUAAAAAUCUAGAGGUCCAAUCAAGUCAUUUGCUCAACUUAGUUGCUGAAGAGAUACAAGGUGAGUUACCUAGUGCAACAAUGAAAAAUCAAGAAGAAGAGGUAAACACUUUACUCUUGGAGAUUGAAGGACAACUUGGAGAAGUGGAAAUUAUGCCUGCAGAAGCUAAACAAGAGGAUGUCCCUAAGGAGGAAGAGGAAAAAGCUCAAGUGUCAUUUGAAGUGUUCAAUGGGGAGUCUCCUUUAACCAAAUCUGAUUUUAAUGAUUAUUUUGUUAUUGAUAUGGUUGAUGAGAUUUUGCAGAAAAACACUUAUGACGAUCCAUUUGAGAAUUACCUUAUUCAAGCAAAGAACCCAAUCAAAAAAUAUAUAAAUUGCUUGAACACAUCAUCUUCCUUGGAAUCAAAGGGGGCACUUCUAGAAGAAUUGGGAAGGCACAUCUUUUGGCCUAAACCCAAACCACCUCAGAAUAGUCAUUGGAGAAAAUCUUAUGGUGAAUUCAGCUUAAGGGCAAGAAAGCCAAGAUUUAAGAAACCGAGAGGACAUGCCCUACGACCUGAUCCAAAACCACCUUGGAGUGGUAGAAAGUCUAGCUAAUGACUAUAAAUUAAGCACUUCUUGGGAGGCAACCCAAGCAUAAAAUUUUCUUUUCUUUUAUUUUUCUUUUAUAGUUUAGAUUUUCUUUUAAUUUUUUUCUUUUUCUCUUUAUGACCUCGGUUAAUGCAUAAAUUGUUGUUCUUUGA